AUGGCCAGCACGCUCCCAAACACUCUGCCGUUUUCAAAGAAACCUCUCAGGACUCGAAUAAUCAUCUCAUACAUUUUCGACUAUGUCAUUCUAGUAGCUCUCGUCGCUGGAUUCUACAUUCUUGACCACAUCGAACCUUUCCACCAACCUUUCUCCCUGAACAAUCACUCCCUAUACUACCCAUAUACUGUCCACGAACGAAUCUCCAUCCCACUCGCACUAGCCAUCUCUGGAGGCAUCCCACUUGUGAUCAUCUUCUUCUAUACCAUUGUUAUCGAUGGCCUUUUCUCGCACCAUAAACCCACGACCUCGUCCGGCAAAAGGAAGCUGAUGGGUCCAUACAGCCUAAAAGAUAGACUGUGGGAAUGUAACUGCGGAUUUUUGGGUUUAUUUCUGGCCCAAGCAAGCGCCUUUGUGAUUACGGGCGCCGUUAAAAAUGCCGUCGGCAAACCGCGACCAGAUAUUAUCGAUCGUUGUAAACCAGAAAAUACUGGAUCUUUAGGACGGUUUGAUAUGGUGACUUUUAAGAUGUGUAACACAUCCACACCUUAUCGCAUCUUGCAGGAUGGGUAUAGAUCAUUUCCAUCAGCUUCUUUCGCCGGCCUCUUCUAUCUCUCCCUUUACCUAGCCGGCAAACUUCAUGUCCUAGAUAACAGGGGUGAAGUGUGGAAAACAUUCAUCGUGUUAUUCCCAACCCUUGGAGCUGGGCUGAUUGCUGUAACGCGAAUAAUGGAUGCCCGACAUCACCCCUUUGAUGUGCUAUUUGGCUCUUUCCUAGGCAUAUUAUGCGCCUACGUUGCCUACCGCCAAUAUUUCCCACCCCUCGAGGAAUCGUGGAGGAAAGGGCGCGCAUACCCGAUUAGAACCUGGGGAACUGACCCAGUUGGCCCUCCAAUGGCGGGACGAAACCUCUUUGAUCUGGAUGGAUCAAACGAUGAUUCAGUUGCACCCCUUCGUCCUGCAGAUCUGGAAUGUCAAGUUAGACCAACUGACCAAAACAAUGGGUCCACACACAAAACCCCACCUGUACGCCGUUCUUCAACCGACCAAGCAUCUUCGUCAGACCCUUACUUAAGACGAAAGCCGGACGUGGAUCGAAACUACUCUUCAUCAAGAGGUGACUCGAUCGGUAUGGCAUAUGAAAUGCAGCCCAGUGAUGGGACUCGGACUCAACGCAGCAAGUCCAACAAUGUCUACCAGCAACAGACGAGCUAUCAGCCAUAUCUGGGAGCUCAAUCGCUCAAUACGGCACACACUCUAUCAGAAGGGGAAAGUGAACGUCCCGUGUCCCCCACCCAGUUAUAUUGA